AUGCGGGUACUGCUCGUGCAAAUCUCGCGCCAUCAACAGAAUCUCCCCAAGGCACCAAAGGCUGGGCGGAGCAGCAUUCUCACCAGACUGUUCUACAACAACAUUGCGACUUCUUUGAUCGCGACCAUGAUGGAAUCCUCUGGCCACAGGAUACAUUUAUUGGCUUCUAUCGUCUCGGAUUUGGUGUCAUUCUGUCCAUAG